CAAUUGACCCGAACUGUCCUGAAGACUUAUAUGUCUUCAUAUCUCUCCAGUUGGCCUGCAGAGAAUCAACUACAGGCGUCUUUCAACUGAGAUAACAAUAUUGGAGUCAUUCCGUACACUAAUCCGGACCACACACAUCGCACCAAGCGGUAUCGGUCUGUUUGAAUUUGACAGCACUCACCCACCAACCACCAUGCCGUCCUCACAACGACCCUUCUUCUUAUCGUCUUUGCUGGCCGCCUUUCGCCAACAGCCGCCCUCCCUAUCCGCCACACCUCAACCCAACAAGCAUACACAUACGCACGCCACCACACAGUCUUCAUCCGCCAGCGCAUCAUACGGCUCAUCACAAUCCCCCUCGCAGGCGCGGUCUAUCUCUUCCUCAUCUCCCUCCCACCCCCAAAGCUCGACACAGACGACGUCAUCGCCCCCGCCGCAGCGGACAAGCGGUAGUGGCAGCGUGAUGAAUCAACUCCCAUCGUUACACUCGCCACUUCCCAUCCCGGGCGGCUCAGGCCAUCGGCGCGGCAGUGAUAGUAGUAGCGAGGGGUUUCGCGAUGUGCUAGGCGCUGAUAAAUGGUAUAUUGGAGGUCGAACCGCCGGCGGCGAGGAGAAAUUCUUCAAGCUCGGUGUCGUAAAGCGCGUGCGUAGCCAAGACCGACUCAGUCUAGAUCGCUUGAGCUUAUAAGAUGCUCAAGGAUAGAUGAGUCGAGAAGGUGUCGCAAAUUCCAACCAACGGACAAAAACCUAGCAGAAUUUACACGUUUAUUAUACGCAUUUCAGGAAAGGGCGACUUACUUUGGUCUCUGCGGGAGAGCGCAGGGGCCGUCAGAUAGAGGUGGCCUGGCAGUGUUAGAGAUCGUGGCAUGUCGCAUCCAUCAUUGAGGACGGCAGCCACAAUCAUACAGGGAUGAACUUGGCUACAAGGCCGGGCAUGAAGACACGGAUGACAUGAGACAUAAAGACCCUGGGGUGGCUCCCCACGGCAAAUGGUCACGGCGCAAAAUGGUUGUUUAUUGGAAAUGGCGUUUUACAGGCUUGGAGACAGAAUAAUGCGUUUAAGAAAAGCAA